UUUAUUUUCCGUUGCAAAAAUCGCUGCAAAUUCAGCAUGGCUUCAGCAAAAAUUGAUAACGAAAUGCGUACCAAAAUCGACACAGUCUGCACAACAGCGGAGGCGUUCGUAAAGCUAUACUACGAUCAUGUGGAUAAAAAGCGUCAGCACAUGGCCCCCCUGUACAUGGACACCGGGCUCCUCGUGUGGAAUGGUAACGGUGCGAAGGGGAAGGACGAAAUACAAAAAUAUUUCCAUGACUUACCCCGUUCGGAACACACGAUCACAACGAUUGAUGCACAGCCCAUCGUAGACGAUGCCGUAUCAUCACAGCUAACCUUCGUGAUGCAGGUUUCCGGCUCGGUAAAGUUUCACGAUAAUCCAUCGAAACCAUUCCAGCAAACGUUCAUGAUAACGGCCCAGGGCGACAAGUGGAAAAUCGUGUCGGACUGUUUUCGGCUGCAGGAUGGAAUUUUGUAG